UUUUUAAGCUUCUCUCUCUAUCUCUUAUAUCAAUAGUUUAAUAUAUCGCAUUUUCCUGAUCAAGCUAAACAAGUCUAGUAACUAUAGGGUUUGAAAAACAGGUAAAUAAAUCACUAAUCAAGCCUCUCAAUCCAAUAAUGAGCCGAGGUGGGAGCUCUGGAGGCGGACAAAGCUCACUAGGCUAUCUUUUUGGAUCAGACAAUGAGACUCCAAAGAAUCUCCCAUCGGCUGCCCCAAAGCCUACACCACCAUACGGCAUAGAUCCCACCGACGACGAAAAAUCUGACCAAAAGCCUAAGAUCUCUAACAACAACAACUACUACAGAGCUCAGGGCCAAAACUCUGGCAACUUCGUCACAGAUCGUCCAACGACGAAGGUUAAGUCGGUUCCUGGUGGAGGUUCGUCUCUUGGAUACUUGUUCGGAGUAAAGGAAUGAAAAUGAAGUCAUAUAACUAGGGUUUGUAUUGUGAUCUAGUGAGUAUUUUAUGUGUACUGAAUCUACUGAUCCUUAUCUAGACCUCUACACUUCUUAUUUAUAUGUAUGUACGAAAACGUGUGUUUUGAGUUUGCAGUUGACUUGUUCAACUUGGCGAAUAAAUGGUUUCUAGUCAUGGACAUAUAUAUAUAUAUAUAUAUAUAUAUAUAUAUAUAUAUGCAUCUUUAGUAUGGUUUUUCUCAUAUAUGAAUAUGCAUUUCGGUAUGCUUUUUCCCAUCUAUGUUGCCUAUUGCUUCCUCUUUAGUAAUUGGGAAAGUGGAGCUUCUUCUUUUGCACAUGUCCAACGUAAACUAAAUUGGACAUUUUUAUUUUUGAAACAAAGGAAUAUAAUAACCACCGGGUGAUUGUGAUCGAGUGGUAAGGAGACGGGACUGAGACGCCAACACGUUUCAGGUUCGAUCCACCUGCUGUUUGAAACUAAGUCACAAUUAUCCUGGUCACCUAACACGGAUAUGCGCAUAUGUUUUAGGGCUCAUUUGAAUACCCGGAGAGAGGGUCUAUCCGUGGACUGCACUUCUCUUUGGGGAUUAGUCUGGACCUUUCCAUGGACCUGGGAUACCCCAGAUUAAUAAAAAAAAAACAAAGGAAUAUAAUAAUUUGAAGCUCAAAUACGUAGAAAACUGAAUUUUAUUUUUAUGUAAAAUGCUUACAAUAUACUAAAUUAGAAGCAGUAAAACAGAUUUUCAACUAUUAGAUCACAAUUAUUGAUAAGUUAGUUUGAACAUUAAUUGUAUAAAUUUAUUUCAGUCUUGUUUACACAAGUCAAAUUAUAUAAAAUUAACAUGCUAGAUUCUUCUUUCUUGCCUUUUUAUCAUUUAGAAAUAAUUUUUUUUUUUGAAAAGGUCAUUUAGAAAUAUUAUCGACAAAUUAAUUUCAAACAGGUUUGGAACGUUUUUAAGUUUGAUGUAAUUUCCAAAUCGUUCGUUCCAGCAACGGUAGUGAAACACCGCAUGGAAGCCACGUGGAUUGAUGUUAGGAUCUGUUUGAAAUUAUGGGGUAAAUUUGCAAUAAUGAAAACUAUGUUGUUAUUUUCUAUAAAUUUGUGUAAACUUUUUCCCCGAGUCCCGGACCUUCUCAAACCUUCCUCUACUAGUUACAACAAACUAACAUUCUCCAAACUCAAAACAAGUAUUCGAUCGCUGAAGAAAAAGUUCUUACUGCCGGAGGAGUUGUGACUUUCAAUUCAUUUUGCUCGGUUGCUGAACUUGAAACCGGUAUUAGACUUUCUCUUCUCAUAUGUUUCAGAAAGAGAGAGAUCAAAUAUUAUGCGGCCUUUUCCUGCUCCUAUAGACAAGCUCAAACCAAUAUUUUCGGUUUCAAGAUCACACGCAGGUAAAGUAGUGAGAACCAUUAUACCCAAGAAACUUGAGAACGUGAACAAUAGCGAAAGAGAGACAAUGAAGAAAACUGAGGAAACAGUAGACCCAGUGGUUGCCUUCAGUAAACCACCACCGUUUACACCAUUUGUCGGUCCAUUGCUCGUGUAUUCGCUUCUUCAAUCAUGGUUUAGCGGCGAUGAAGACCGCUAGUUACAUCUUGGAAUAUAUUUAUGUAAUUAUGUAUCAUAUGAGAUGUCUGCAUGCCAAAGUUUUCUUAACCAUAAUCUCUAAAAUUUAGAUAUCAACCGAGUCUUUAGUAGGCAGAAUCUUGUGAGAUCUUAAUGCAUGUGUGGUGUUGUUUUAAGUCGAUCACUUGUUUUUUUUUAAGUUUUGUGUGUUUGUGAUCAAAAGAGUUUUGUAGUAA